GUUAUUUCAGUAUCCUAGUAAGUAUUAUCAUCAUAUACUGUUUAUAUGUAGCAGCCCCCCACCCUCACACAUCAAAUCCUUGGCUGCACGUCCGUGUAGGAAGAUUAUGAGGAGAAGAAGCAUGAGAAGAUGGGUGACGAGGGACACAGAGAACCCUGAAUGGAUGUUUUCAGCUAUGCUGCUUUUGGCCAAUCACAGCAUCAGGCUGCUAUCUGGGCUCUGUGAUUGGGCACUGAUCUGAAGCAGAAAAAUGAGUGGAGAGAGGAGAAGGAGAAGGAGGGGGAGGAGGAAGAAGAACCUCUGCUCUUCACCACUUCAUAUUUGAAUGCUUUGCACAUAGCAGCAUCAUGGCAGCUGCUAUAAACCACCCGGGGCCGCAAGACUGAGGGGACCACUUCAUGGAAUCUUUUUUUCUGUCAUUCCACCCUUGUCCUCUUCUUCAUCUUCCUCAUCGCCAUCCUGACAUCUCGUAAGAUCUGCCCAGCUGCCAGCAUGGGGUGUCGCCUCACUCGGACCAAGGCUCGACAACCAAGUCGCUACAGACACCGCGAUGAGCAGCAGCGCUUUAUGGACCAGUAUGGACAGCCGAUCGGCAUGCAGGUGGAGGGAAAAAUGGGACGUAGCCACCGGAGAAGGCGCGUAGAGCACAGGACGUCUUCAGAGAGACACUGGGAAGCUCUGAGAGACAUUGGACUGAUGGAGGCUGAUGAGGGCAGAGGCAGAUACAACACUGGACACUUAUACGACAAUAUAUAUGCUACCAACAAUGGGUUGAUGAUGUCGCCUGAGAUCUAUCCAACCAACGGAUACCAGUUUAGAGGAUCUAGCACACAGCAUCACGCCACAAACUACCUGCCCAGUGUCUCCUACAGCUUGGACCAUCUGGACCGCCUGGACUUCGAGGCUCCAGAAAUGUCAGCACAUCAGCCUAAUUCCGAGAGUUGUCUGCUUGGCUGUUACAACUCUGGAGAAAUGGAGCAGAAGAAUUUCUCCAGACAGUCUAACUACUUCUCCACUUGGCGUCCACUGGGCUACAUUCCUGUCAAUGACGUGGACAACCGACUGAGCUGUAGCCCCGAGAGCCCACAUCACCGCGUGCCCCUCUCCGAAGCCGAGACAGAUGCCAUGUCAUCGCUACCAGGCCACACCGCCUCCUCGCAGGGCUCCUCCUCUUCCUCCGAAUCUCUGGUUUCUUCAGAACCCAGCGAUUCAGGUUUCCACAGCGUCAGUACUGGCGAACACAGAUGUCUCCACAAGAUUCAUAGACAUGCCCCACAACUACGCUUGGGCCACUCUCCUCAUGAGCAAAGAGGCCGUUGGGACCUGGAGUCCAUCCCCGAGACAAUGCCUGUGAGUCACACAGGGGAGCAGCAUUUGCCCAGUUGCACUGUGGCCAACAGCACCACUGCCACUGUCCAUGUCCACCGCGCUGAGAGGAGUCCCACUCUGCCUCGCAAUUGCUCGCCACCUUCGUCCAUCCCCGGUUCUCGUACUGAGCCCUGUCAGCGGAGGGCCCUGUGGCUCGAGCAGCGCCAAGCAAGAGCGGGCCGUACCAUAGAUGUGCCAGGACGCAGUCACACUGUAAUGGAUCUAAGUGAGGCCCAUUGGCGCCACAGGACAAGUCUGAGUAUGGAACCAAACUCCAAAAUGAAGCAGGUUCAGAACAACCAAUUGCAUCCAGCACAUAACACGCUAAAUCUGAGGAGCAGGAACGGUUAUCCUGCUCACCUCAGCAUGGACCUAACUGACCUGAGCAGUCACCAGAACACAACCAGAGCCAGCCAGAGCGCAGGCACCAGUAGGGAAGAGGACUCCAGGAGUCAUGGCUUAGUUACAAGUGGUUCAACGGAUUGGCGUGCAUUUCAGACUCUGGGAAAUCAAAUCAGAUUUCCCAAAAGUUCCGCAGGUCCCUAUUAUAACACCCUGGGCACACAGAGAAACCCAAGGUCUCCACCUUCGCCAAACUAUCGACAGUCGAAUCAGAAGUCCGUCAGGAGUCAGCUGCUGCGGGCCCGUGCUUAUAGACUAGCACGGGAACGGAGUGAGGUCACCACUGACGAAGAGGUUCGUGGAGAAGCAGAGGGGAGUGGGGACCAUACAGGGGUGGAGGGCCCCUGGGCUGGCCGGUACUGGAACAGAGCUGAGAGAAGACGUCACCUCGUGCUGUCACGACAACACAGAGAGCGUCGCAGUGGCGAGGAAGGCGCCGCAUGUGGCGGUCAGAGCUCACUGUCGUCCCAGGUAGUUCUUGAGCUGAGCCACAGGAAGCAGAAUCGACUGAGAAACAGCAAGCUGCUUGAUGACUGGACAACAGUGGAGGAACUGCUGACCCAUGGGACCCGAGUGGAGGUAGACACUCAACUGUGUCCAAGCCCUCUACUGUCUGUUACUACUGUCUGAGGAGCAUCGCUCCUGCUGAGGCUACAGUAUGUUCACAGUUUUAUCUUGUUCACAUUCUUUGUUUGUUUACUGAAAAUAAUCAAAAGUCAGUAUAUACAUUGACAAAAGGGGUAGCUGUGGAGACCACGUGAGAUUUUUAAAUUGACCAAACCUUAAAAUUCACCGAAAUCAAACUCUAAUGAGAUACUACGAUAAAUGUAAAACCCAAACCACACACAAAACACCUGAAGACUAUAAGAUAGUGACCAUAAGAGAUUAGUCAGCUGGUGUACACUUUUGCCCAUGACCCAUUUUCUUGCAAGAGUUUGACCCAACAAUAUGAUCAAAAGAAUUUUGGUAUUUUAGCAUAAAUAGAAUUACACUACCAUUCAAAAGUUUGGGAUAAAAGCAACCCCAAACUUUUGAACCGCAGUGUACAUAAUGAAAAGUCCCAUAUGAUACACUUCAGUUCAAAAGUUGUAGAUAUAUAUUUUUUACUAGUUACGCAAUGACUACCUACUGUAGCUAGCUGCAUAAGUAUAUUGAUCGCAAUUAUCUGUUUCAUGUCAUGUAACCUAGCUUUCGCUAAGUCUGAGCUAACAGCAAUUUUUGUUGUUGUUUUUUUUUUCAAUGACAGACAGACAGACAGACUAGACAAUACAGAUAUGUUGUCAUAUAUUGGCAAUGAUUGGCUCCAGUUUAUCUGUAAACUUCAUGAAGUGUCAUUGAAAAUGAAUGGUUGAGCAAUUAUGGUACAGUGAAAAGGGAUUUUUUUUUUUUUAAGAUAUCUUAAUAUUGCCCGAUGACAACCCAAGUAAAUGCAAAGUGCACUUUCUGAAUAAUGACUAUGUUUUUUCAGGAGGGUAUCCAAAUCUAUCUGGCCCAAUGUAAAAAAGUAGCUUUAAGUUAUUCAAAAAACAUUUUUUGUUGAGCACAAUUGUUUCCUGACUUGUGUCAUAUGCAAAGAGUGAGAGGAAUGCUCAUGAUAAAAACAAAAGACAUUAGAAUCCAUAUCUAACUAGAUACGGAUGAUGUAAAUCAGAUUCGGAAAUAUAGGAGAAAGCAUUAAAAAAAAAAAAAAAAGAGUGUCGGUGGUUGUCACUGACGGAACCGGAGAUUGAUCCACUCAAGAAACAGGUAUACCAAUAUGGCUACUUAACAGUGUAACCAUGUCCCUAAACUCAAAGAAAGACCGCUCUUGUUUGACCGCACCAGAUGCUCUAGAUGAUCUUUUGCUUGGCAGAUAUUUUCAGUCAGCGAGAUCCAUUUUGUUGGAUUUUUAGGCCUCACGAAGGAGUGAAAAGGGAUUCCAAAAGUAGAUUUGUAGACUAGAAGUAUGGACAGAUUUACUUAGCGCACAUUUUUAUACAAAUUAAAGCUCUGCAAUGUGUACAUAACAAAAAGUGGCAUGACAAAUCAUUGGUGUAAAAAUAGCAAAUAAACAAUGACUAGAAUCAAAGGGAAGUGGAUAGUGCCAUAUUGAAAAAAAUGACAACACAUAAAAAUCACCCAAAAAAAAAUCAACCCAGAAAAUAUGAACUAAGAAACUCUGUUGUAGUUACUGUUUGAUAAGAAAGGCCCGGAGACAGAAAUCAGUCAGCAUACGGAUCAAGAUAACUAACAAAAAAUUGUGAGAAAAGACCCAAAACUGCUCAAGUGGAGUUUAGCAUGUGAAUAGCCUGAUGCCAGCUAUUUGCAGCGGCUGCUCUAAUUAAGCUGUUCAUAGUAGGAGUCACCACAGCUAUGUUGCCCUAGUCCACUCACAUAUCCACUGGUUCAAAAAAUAAAUAAAUAAAUAAAUAAAUUAAUUAAUCAAUUAAAAAGUGGGGGGAAAAGGCAAGACAGAACUGUGCAGGACAAAGCGUAAAGUAAUAAGUGUGUGCACCAAAGGGCACAUUUGCACUGUGGCCAAAGAUGUGUAAAUUUGACAUUGUACAACAACCAAAGUCUCUUUUAUAAUGAUAUUAUUUUUUUAUUCUCUACAAAAUGCUUGCCAAUGUAUUUGUUGAUGUUCGUGUUGACUUAGCAUUACGCUAGCUACACCGAGCAUGUUAAGUGAUAUCCUGAUUAGAUUCAUACAAAGUUGAACAUUAACAUUGCAAAAUGUUCUUGAUGUUUUUGUUUUUAAAAUAAACAAUUUCAUAAAAUUAGCAUUAUGUAAAUGUCAGCGUCAUAUAAUGCAAUUACAUUACCAACCUCAGGGAAGGGCAUUUGAAAGCACUGGGAUGUUAUUCGCUCAAAUGUUUCAGUCAAAAAGUACCAGGGAUGUAUGUCCCACCCAUACACACGCACACCCACAUGCACCCCGCAUACAAAUAAAUAAUAACAUAGUUUUAAGGUGGAUUGUGUGUUUUAUUUUAAUCCUUGCUGAAAGCCAAAAUUUAAAAUGCCAUGUCUGCUAUGCAGGCAGUGUGCCCUAUGUUUUUACUUAAAGAACUACAAUACUAAAGGGACACUUAUGCUGUUUUAACUAACAUUGCAGCAUACUAUAUGCAACAAUGUGUUAAAUGUUGUUCAUUCAACAUCCAUUGCUGCCCGACUAUUCUGGAAGGGGAAUUUGUGGUCCCUUUUAGAGGUUUCUUCUUUUUCUCCUGGAAAGUUUUUCACUUCCUGGUUGAGGUGUCUUCUCCAGGAAAAGUAGUCAAUCUUUGCUAAAUGUGGGCAUUUUAAGUCUUUUGAGACUGUUUGUAAUUUAGGGUUAGAUUAGUACAAAUAAACCAAACUUGACUUGGUAACACACACCUAUAGGAAAUUGACACUAUAGACAUGGUUGCAGGA